CCAAUAUUGUCAUCCGCAUCUGUUCGAAUCACAAAAAUAAUUUCAUCGUUUGUUUCGCAUCAAGUUUUUAAUCUUGAAUUUUCUUUUUUCUUUAUUAAACAUUUAAAACAUGGAAGAGAUUGGAAUUGUUGUGCCCGAAAAGCAAGAAGAAUCAUCACCAAGCGAAAUUAAAAACAUAAUAACACCAUCGAUUUGUGAAACAUUGCUUACCGAUGAUGUUGAUGAUUUAUAUGUUAUCUUUAAAAAGCUACAACGUCAAUUAGAAUUUUUACAAGUUCAAGAAGAAUAUAUAAAAGAUGAGCAAAAAAAUUUAAAAAAAGAAUAUCUACAUGCACAGGAAGAAGUUAAACGUAUACAAAGUGUACCAUUAGUGAUUGGACAAUUUUUAGAAGCUGUUGAUGCAAACACUGGUAUUGUUGGUUCAACAACCGGUUCAAAUUAUUAUGUUCGUAUACUGAGCACUAUUGAUCGUGAAUUAUUAAAACCAAGUAGUUCGGUUGCAUUACAUAAACAUAGUAAUGCAUUGGUCGAUGUUUUACCACCAGAAGCAGAUAGUUCAAUCGCAAUGUUACGACCGGAUGAAAAACCUGAUGUUUGUUAUGCCGAUAUUGGUGGUCUUGAUAUACAAAAACAGGAAAUUCGUGAAGCCGUUGAAUUACCUCUUACACAUUUUGAAUUAUACAAACAAAUCGGUAUCGAUCCACCACGUGGUGUUUUAAUGUUUGGACCACCUGGUUGUGGUAAAACAAUGUUAGCCAAAGCUGUUGCUCAUCAUACUACUGCAUCAUUUAUUCGUGUAGUCGGAUCAGAAUUUGUACAAAAAUAUCUUGGUGAAGGUCCACGAAUGGUAAGAGAUGUUUUUCGUUUGGCUAGAGAAAAUGCACCGGCAAUUAUUUUUAUUGAUGAAAUCGAUGCUAUUGCUACCAAACGUUUUGAUGCACAAACUGGUGCUGAUCGUGAAGUUCAACGUAUUCUAUUGGAAUUAUUGAAUCAAAUGGAUGGAUUUGAUCAGACUACCAAUGUAAAGGUUAUAAUGGCAACGAAUCGUGCCGAUACAUUGGAUCCAGCUUUAUUACGUCCCGGUCGUUUGGAUCGUAAAAUUGAAUUCCCAUUACCAGAUCGACGACAAAAACGAUUAAUUUUCUCAACAAUUACAUCUAAAAUGAAUUUAAGUGAUGAAGUCGAUCUAGAAGAUUAUGUUGCAAGACCGGAUAAAGUUUCUGGUGCCGAUAUUAAUGCAAUCUGUCAAGAAGCUGGUAUGCAUGCAGUACGUGAAAAUCGUUAUGUUGUUUUGCCAAAAGAUUUUGAAAAAGGUUAUAAAAAUACGAUCAAAAAAGAUGAAUCGGAACAUGAAUUUUAUAAAUAAUCAUCAUCAUUAUUAUUUUUAAAAAAGAAUUGAAGAUUCUAUUGAAAUAUAUAAAGU